AUGGGUCCGACCAGAACGAUCAGGCGUCUAUUGGUCGCCAACAGAGGAGAAAUUGCGAUUAGGAUAUUGACCACCGCCCGAGAGCUGAACAUUCACACGAUCGCUGUGUACACCGAAGACGAUGCCAAUCACGCCGCAUACGCCGAUGAAGCUCUACUUCUCCAAUCACCAUCCGACUUUACCGACAUCUCGAAGGUCGUCGAGCUCGCAAUAAGUGCAAACGUCGACUCAGUCCAUCCAGGUUAUGGUUUUCUUUCGGAGAAUGCAGACUUCGCUUCCGAGCUUGACGAGAAAGGCAUGCGCUUCGUCGGACCAAGCUCAGACAUAUUACGGCAGACAGGUGAUAAGCUGGCAGCACGACAACUCGCCUUGUCGAACAAUGUCCCCGUUCUACCAGCAUCCGAUAAUGCUACCUCAAACCUGGAAGAGGUGCGAGCUUUCGCCUCCAGUGCUGGCUAUCCCAUCAUGAUCAAAGCCGUGGACGGUGGCGGCGGACGAGGUAUCAGGCUAGUUCGUUCACCUAAUGAGCUUGACGACAGCUUCAAACGGGCAUGCGGAGAGUCUCCAAGUGGCCAGGUAUUUCUUGAGAAAGCUGCAGUUGACGGCUUCCGCCACGUAGAGGUGCAAGUACUGGGAGACGAGUAUGGAAAUGUUUCGCAUCUAUGGGAGCGGGAGUGUAGCAUCCAGCGGAGGUUCCAGAAGAUUGUCGAGCUUGCGCCAUCAAUGAUUCCUGAUAGGGCGGUCGUCAGACAGGUCAUCGACGGGGCUUUGAGGAUGGCGGCAUCAGUUGGAUAUGCGUCGCUCGGAACAUUCGAAUACUUAGUCCACGAGUCCAAGCCAGAAUUCUACUUCCUCGAGGUCAAUCCAAGACUUCAGGUCGAGCACACAAUAUCGGAAGAGAUCGCUGGAGUCGACAUCGUCCGUUGCCAAAUUCUGCUUGCGCAAGGACUGUCGAUAGCAGACUUGGAACUUCCAGAUACCUCAAUUGCGCCUCGUCAGCAAGCCAUCCAGCUCCGGAUCACUGCUGAGGACCCGGCCAAGAAUUUCACUCUCAGCAUGGGCCGCAUCACCGCUUUCUCGCAGCCGAGUGGACCCGGUGUGCGGAUAGACACGCAUUUGAGUAGUACGAAGCCUACGGCUGUCGGGUCUUCCUAUGACUCGCUUCUGGGUAAGCUGAUCGUACGCUCGCCGACGUUCGAAGGCGCUGGACAGAAAGCACUGCGAGCGCUACGCGACACUACCAUCACAGGCGUGACGACCAACUUGACCUUCCUCAUGGGCGUCGUAGCAUCUCCAGCCUUCGCGCAAAAGAGCUGCUCGACAAGGUGGCUAGAAGACAAUUUGAACGGUAUCAUUGCGUUGGGGAAGGAGACGGAGGCGCAAGGCAGCCUGGCCUCAAAAGAGCCCUACCUUGUCUCUUCGACGACGGAGACCACAUCCGCCGGCACAGCAGGUCUUGGAGCUGCAGGAGUACUGUUCCGAAAAGGCGAUGCUUUCAAGAUGGAGCUUACAGGAGCUGGCCGGGCCAACGACCGCAGUGCGCAGCGAGAAGAGCACCUCCUUCGGAUCGACCGCGUACUGAUGAACGACUUUCCAAAUCAAUUGACAGCCGACAUGACAUUCAGCACUGCGUCGAGCUCAAAGUCGUAUGCUGUCAACUUCACCUCCACUACACAGACCAGCGUGGCGUCGUCGCGGCAUCGAUAUGCAUCGGCGUCAGAUCCGACGCACAUCGCCCUGCCGUUCCCUGGACAGAUGGUGGAGGUGCUUGUCGAUGAAGGAGAUGUUGUGAAAGAGGGUGAGGUGCUGUGCGUGGUUAGGCAAAUGAAGAUGGAGCUUGAGGUACGGGCGCCUUGGGCUGGGACGGUGAAAUGGGUGAAUGAUGUCGAGGACAGUGAAACUGUCAACGAGGGCCUCUUGGUCUGCGAAUUGAUUCCGGCAGAGGAGAAGAACCGUCGGAGGGCUGCGAGUGUGUUCAAGCUUUGA